AGAUAACGCAAUUCAGCUUGUGUAAGAAAACUCAAAAUUCCCCAAAGCAAUUACAUUAUCUCUGGCAGGCUCUCAGUGCUAUCUGCGCUAUCAUAGACCACGAUAUGGUUGGGGUUUGGAUACUUACGGGAAACAAGUAAUGGAUAUUGCUAAUUUACAGUGAUUGCCGAAUACAGCAGAAGUCGGAGUACUUUUGGCAAAAUUGAAAGCAGUUCGUCUCGGCGGGGAAGAAACAGGGAACAAGACUUUUUCUGUAAUUUUACUGCGAACUAGAAAUUGUGAAAUACACCGAAUGCAUCUUUAAAACAUCUGAUACGUUUUUUAAACAUGUAUAUUUCCCACGUUCCAUAUGGUAACUUGUUAAACCAUUCUCAUUUAAUGAAUUAGGAUUAGACCAAAUAUGAUGGAAUUGCUACGGUGGCAAUGUGAUUUGUAUUUAGCAUGGUGCCACAUACAUGGCUCCGAUGUAUGUUAAACACAGGAAACUGAGACAGCUUCAAAAUUAAUUUCUUGAUUUUGACACAACGGGCAAGGUGACACUGAGAUUACAUCUCAACAUGGCAAUGGGACGAAGAUGACAUCCAUGUCCCAUUUGGUCGAGACUGAAAACAAAUUACCACUUAGCCAGGACUUUUAGCAUGAAUAAUUGAAAUCAACGGAUUCCAUAACAAUGCUUCUAUAUUCUAUAUGCGUGCAUGUCUGCAAAUUCAAUUAUCGUCAACCACCACUAUAGCUACGUAUGUCUACCUAUCAAAAAUAACCCGAUGGAUCUCGAAGGAGGAUGGGCGAAACGUGAAUUUUGAGACUAAACAAAUAUAAAAUAUAGAGAAGGAUGUAUUUUUCUACUAAAUGGCUUCAAUAUUUCCCAUUUCUAUCAGGAGUAUGUAUCUUGUUAACCGAAUUGUGCUUUGCAGGUGAUAAAGUCAAUAUUGGUGGGAUGUUUGUGGACGGGGAAGACGAUGUUCUUAAUAAUGCAUUCCAAUACGCCAUUAAAAGCAACGACGUGACACGUUUUGUACCAAUUAUACAGAGUCUUCCCCUGAGGGAGAGCUUCAAAGCAGUUAAACAAGUUUGCCGAACUGUUGAAACUGGAGUGGUCGCAAUCUUUGGUCCAACGAACUACGAAUUAUCAGGACAUAUCAACUCCCUUUGCAGUGCGCUUGAAAUACCACAUAUUGAGACUCGACUUGGGACAGUGGCAGAAAAUUCAUUUCCGUUUUCUGUAAAUAUGCACCCAGAUUAUGUAUCUCUCAGUCAGAUCUACGUUGAUAUCAUUAAUUACUUCAAUUGGGGCGAUAUCUUCGUAAUUUACGGGGAUCAAAAUGAGUUAUUGCACCUACAAGAGGUAUUGACAGUGCCCGUUAGUUCUGAGACGCGGAUGGUGAUACGUCAAGCCAGCAAGGAAAACAUGAGGGAUGUAUUAAAGGAAGGCUUUAGACAAAAUUACCAUCAUUUCAUUGCUGAUUUAUCCUUGGAAGAUACCCACUACCUGCUGAAAGCGGCUCUUCAGCUAGGAAUGAUAAACUACGAGUACCACUACAUCCUCACAAACUUGGAUAUCGAUUGUCUGGACUUAGAAGAUUUUAAGUAUAACUUUGUCAACCUGACGAGUUUCAGACUGGUCGAUUAUGACAAAGCUCACACUAAACACAUCUUAUCAGAUAUAGAAUCUUAUGAAAGACAGCAUCGGGUAAAAAUCUUCAACACGACUGGUAUACUGAAGACCGAGACAGCAUUGAUGAUCGACGCAGUUUCCGUAUUGAGCUAUGCUUUGCAAGACCUCAACAGAAGCGCCCCAUUCAAAGCCGCUAAUUUGUCAUGCGACCAGGAAAGAACGUGGAAUCAUGGUUCUAGUCUUUACAAUUGCCUUAAUCUUGUUGAAUAUAAGAACGAGCCGGGACGAGACUCGGGUGGUGGUAGUAUUAUUGUUGAAGACGAGAACCAUAUUGGCCUCACUGGGAAGAUACACCUCGAAAAUGGCAGAAGAACUAAGUUCAAAUUGAACAUUAUGCAACUGACCCAAAACGGUCUGAUAAAGGUCGGUGAUUGGAAACCGGAAGUUGGUAUAAACUUCACAUUGCCCGUAGAAUAUGGCGUUGGCUCAGCUAGAUUUGGAAAUAAGACACUUAUAGUGUCGACAACAUUGGAGCCUCCCUACAUAAUGCUGAAAAAACCUCCAGAUGACCAGCCUCCCCAUACGGGUAACGACAGAUAUGAAGGGUUCUGUAUUGACAUGCUAAAAGGUAUUGCUAAAAUAGUCGGUUUCACAUAUGAGAUCAGGCUCGUAGCGGAUGCGAAUUACGGAGUCGAGCUACCAAAUGGUUCUUGGAAUGGAUUGAUUGGGGAACUCAGGGAAGGAAAAGCGGACUUGGCAGUUGCAUCACUUACAAUUAGUUACGGUCGAGAACAAGUUAUAGACUUUACCGCACCAUUCAUGCACUUAGGGAUCAGUAUCUUGUUUAAAGUGCCCAAACGUGAGAAACCUGGACUUUGGUCUUUCCUGAACCCAUUUGCCAGAGAAAUCUGGUUGUAUCUCUUCGCUAGCUACGUCACAGUUGGAGUCUCGUUGUUUCUUCUUGCGAGGUUUAGUCCUUAUGAGUGGUACCGGCCACAUCAAUGUGGCGAGGAUGAGCCUGACAAAGAGAAUGACUUAACUCUUGCCAAUUGCUUUUGGUUUGCCAUUGGGACAUUGACACAACAAGGGUCAGAUAUUGACCCCAAAGCCUUAGCAACAAGGAUAGUAGGAGGGACUUGGUUCUUUUUUACCUUAAUUCUGAUAUCUUCAUAUACUGCUAAUCUUGCUGCAUUCUUAACUGUUGAGAAGAGUGUCUCGCCUAUAGAGAAUGUUGAAGAUUUGGCCAAACAAACUAAUAUCAAAUAUGGAUCUCUUGGAAGUGGAUCCACCAUGACAUUUUUUAAAGACUCAAAGAUAGAAACUUAUAAGACAAUGUGGAAAGAGAUGAAUAAACACAAAGAACAAGUAUUUGCCAAGUCCACAAAAGAAGGUAUACAAAAGGUGAAACAGGGCAAUUACGCGUUUCUUAUGGAGUCCACAAUGCUGGAUUAUACUAUCCAGAGAGACUGUGAUCUCAUGCAAGUUGGAGGCUUACUUGAUAGUAAAGAUUAUGGUAUAGGAACACCAAUUGGUUCGGUGUAUAAAGAUUCCAUAUCCAUGGCUAUUCUUAAAAUGCAAGAAGAUGGUAAAAUUCAGCAGUUAUACAACAGAUGGUGGAGGAAUUCCGGUACUUGCACGAAAGACAGCAAUAAAGGUGGAAAGAAAGGUACUCCCCUUGGAAGGGACAACAUAGGGGGCAUAUUUAUCGUACUGCUGAGCGGCUUGGCAAUAGCCGUAAUUGUAGCAUUCAUGGAAUUUACAUGGAGUGCAAAAAAGAGAUCCAAUUUAGAUCGACAAAGUCUUUGCCAAGAGAUGGGAGACGAACUGAGAUUUGCUAUGCAGUGCCAUGGGUCGUCACAAAGGACAGCAUUACGUAGGGAUUGCUCUGGUUGCAAUUCGACAGAUGACCUUGAGAUGGUCGGUGGAGAGGUGUUGGAGAAUCCAACCAAUGGAAUGAUGGAGAGCACUUUUAUCCCUCAUAGUCAUAGUCAUAGACAUUAAGAAUGCCCCACGAUUGGCUCUUGUGCCAAGACCUUCAAGGAAUUGGGACAGCUGAGAGGUGUACUGGGAUUUCAGAAUAUUAAAUAUCGUACAACAUAAUCUCAGCUUUAAAAGCCAUCUUACUGUGUAGACUGCACGAGUUGUGAAAAAGAGUUGACAAAGAUUAACAAUGCAAAGAAGAGCCACAUGGAAGCUCACAGAGGUUGAAUGUUAGACAUACAUAUCCCAUAUUAAG